AUGGUGAUCAAGGUCGGCAUCAACGGUUUCGGCCGCAUUGGCCGCAUUGUCUUCCGCAAUGCCCAGGAACACCCUGAGGUCGAGGUCGUCGCUGUCAACGAUCCCUUCAUCGAGACCAAGUACGCUGAGUACAUGCUCCGCUAUGACUCGACCCAUGGCCAGUUCAAGGGCACUAUCGAGGUCGAUGGCACCGACCUGAUUGUCAACGGCAAGCGCAUCAAGUUCUACCAGGAGCGCGACCCCUCCAACAUCCCCUGGAGCGAGACUGGCGCUGAGUACAUCGUCGAGUCCACCGGUGUCUUCACCACCACCGAGAAGGCCUCGGCCCACCUGAAGGGCGGCGCCAAGCGCGUCAUCAUCUCGGCCCCCUCGGCCGACGCCCCCAUGUACGUCAUGGGUGUCAAUGAAGACACCUACGACGGCAGCGCCGCCGUCAUCUCCAACGCCUCGUGCACCACCAACUGCCUGGCUCCCCUCGCCAAGGUCGUCCACGACAAGUUCGGCAUUGUCGAGGGUCUGAUGACCACUGUCCACUCCUAUACUGCCACCCAGAAGACCGUCGACGGUCCCUCCGCCAAGGACUGGCGUGGUGGCCGUGGUGCUGCCCAGAACAUCAUCCCCAGCAGCACCGGUGCCGCUAAAGCCGUCGGCAAGGUCAUUCCCUCGCUCAACGGCAAGCUGACUGGCAUGGCCUUCCGUGUCCCCACCGCCAACGUUUCCGUCGUCGACCUCACCUGCCGUCUGGAGAAGGAGGCCACUUACGACGAGAUCAAGCAGGCCAUCAAGGAGGCCGCUGAGGGCCCGCUCAAGGGCAUCCUCGCCUAUACCGAGGACGAUGUCGUCUCUGCCGACCUCCUCGGCAACCCCAACUCCUCCAUCUUCGACGCCAAGGCUGGCAUCUCCCUCAACAAGAACUUCGUCAAGCUCGUCAGCUGGUACGACAACGAGUGGGGCUACAGCCGUCGUGUCCUCGACCUCAUUGCCCACGUUGCCAAGGUUGAUGCCAGCAAGCAGUAG